AUGAACUUUAUGUUAAAUUCUUUAAUUAUUUUAAUUCUUCUUCUCCACUAUUGUAAUGCUGAUGAUGUUGAAUCUUUGAUUGAGACAGCUGGUUACAAGAGUGAAACUCACAAAGUUGUAACUGAAGAUGGAUACAAGCUCAAAGUUCACAGAAUCAAAGCUAAAGUUCCAGGAAAUAUGUUGGGACCAGUUUUCUUCAUGCAUGGAAUGCUCGCUUCUGCUUCAGAUUAUCUUGUGUUAGGAGGGAAAAAAGCUUUUCCUUUCCUAUUGUCUGAUUCGGGAUUUGAUAUUUGGUUUGGAAAUUCGAGAGGAAACGACAACAGUCUGAAACAUCAAACUUUGAAAACUGAUACAAACGAAUAUUGGGACUUUAGUUGGCAUGAAAUUGGAUACUACGAUCUUCCUGCUAUGAUUGAUUACAUGUUGAAUGAAACAAAAUCUCUCAAGACAUAUUAUGUUGGUCAUUCACAAGGUUGCACUUCGUUAGCGGUUUUGUUGUCAACACGACCUGAAUACAAUGCGAAAAUUAUUCAAGCCCAUUUAAUGGCUCCAGCAGUAUUCAUGGCCAAUUUUCCGCAUGCUAUUUUAAGAUCGUUCCUGGAUAUCGUCGGGAAAUUAGCUGAUGAUGGCAAUUUCAACAUAGUUUCAAAUUCUCGCAUCCUGAACUAUUUAAAUUCAAUAAGCAGAGUUUUAUGUGCUGAUAAAACUCUUUCGUCAGGAGUGUGUGCUGCAAGUGUGUCGUUUAUCUGUGGAGAGAAUAAAGGGCCAACUGAAAUAGAUCCGGACAUACUUCCAGAUCUUCUUACACAUCUCUCCCACGCAAUAAGCUUGAAACAAAUGAGUCAUUAUUUGCAAAUUUACAAAAGUGGAAGAUUUCAAAAAUAUGACUUUAAAAAAAGGAAUAAAGCUGUUUACAAUGCUUCGUUACCACCGGCUUAUGAUCUUAAACAAAUGGUAGCACCAACAUACAUUUAUAGUGGCGCAUGUGACAGUCUCGUUUCCAUUCAUGAUAUUGAACAUUUAAGAAAUGUCCUACCAAAUGUUAGAGAGUAUCGAAGGAGAUUUUCAUCUCAUCAAACAUUUCAUUGUGUAGCUGAUAAACUAUCACAGAUCAUUAACAACUCAGGAUAUUGUGGAGAAUGUUACAAAGUCAAAACAAAUGAUGGAUACAUUCUAAAAGUGCAUCGAGUAAAAGCACAAAACAAUUUAACAGAUAAAGGAACAGUUUUCUUAAUGCAUGGUUUGUUCAGAGAUUCUUCAGACUAUCUCGCAGCUGGUCCAAAGGUUUCGCUUCCUUAUUAUUUAGCCGAUCAUGGUUAUGAUGUGUGGUUAGGAAAUGCAAGAGGGACAAAACACUCAAAUGAACAUGAAAAAUAUUUAUUUAAUUGCAAGGAGUUUUGGAAAUUCAGUUUUCAUGAAAUUGGACUUUUCGACUUACCAGCGAUGCUCAACUUUGUCUUCGAUUACACUAAGGAUUCUAAAACGUUUUACGUUGGUCACUCUCAAGGCGGCAGUUCGUUGUUAGCUCUUCUAUCUUCACUGCCUAAAUAUAAUGAAAAGAUAAUUCAAGCACAUUUGUUAACACCAGCAGCGUUCAUGAAAAAUUCAACAAUGGUUCUUCAGAAAAUUUCAGAUAAAAUUGGAAAAGUCAAUAUCUCACCAAUUUUAAAACUAUCAAAACAAAUUUGCUAUUUGAACGGUUACAAUCACGAAACUGCUAUGAAAAUAUACAAAAAUGUGACUUGCUCAAUAGUUGGGAAGAAUAAACAUGAGACUCAAGUGUCUGAGGAAGCACUAAAAAUAUUCCAAGACAACAUGUCACCAACCGUCAGUGCAAUGCAGCUAAUGCAUUUCCUUCAACUGCAUAUAAGUGGGAAAUUUCAGCAAUAUGACUAUGGAGAAAGAAAUUGGGACUUUUAUAAAUCACAAAAACCACCUGAAUAUCAACUGUCCAAAGUCACAACACCGGUUUAUCUCUACAGUGCGUCAGAGGAUGCACUGAUUGUACCUUCUGAUGUCGAACAUCUCAAAACGAUUCUUCCAAAUGUUAAAAACCACGAAGUGAUUAAUGAUUGGAAUCACUUGGAUGUUGUGUUAGGAAAAAAUUCACGGAAAUCGCUUUAUAAAAAUAUUCUUAGAUCAAUGACGAUGAAUUAAACAAAAAUUUCUAUCGAAAAGUGAAUUUAAAAAAAUUAAACAAGAAGUAGAUAAGAUUAGAUUAUCUAAGUUUAAAUAAAAUCUAAAAUUCU